AUGACGCUUGUAUCCGCAGAACUGGAGCCACUGAUAGCAGCAAAGAGCAAAUGUAAUUUUUUUACGAAACUAUCCAGCCUUAGGACACGAUUCAAUCCAAUAAAAUUCUGGAUUCGUCGGUCCAGAGAUCUGGAUAACCGCAAUCAGUACCAUGCACUGGCGAGAUGCAUUGAGCUAAGUUGGCGGCGUGGCGAUGUGGAGCAAGCCGAGAAGUAUCUGAAAAAUGCUCUGGAUGCGAAUCCCCGUGCCACAGUUGAUGCCGGCUUCAAUUACUGCAAGGGACUACACGAAUGGUGUGCCAAACUUUGUCUUACAAAUGUCGUGUAUUCUGGUGAGCCGAAUGCAGCACUGCAAGCGUUUAAUCGAGCGCGUCGUGAUUUGGAGUGGGGCGAACGAGCAAUUUACAAUAUGAUCGAAAUAUGCCUGAAUCCAGACAACGAAAUUAUUGGCGGUGAAGUGUUCGACUAUAAUCAAGAUUCGAACCCGUUUGUUUUUCUUUAUGAAUAUGUGUUUGCAUUUGGCAAAAAAAAUGUAAAUGGUUUGAAAGUACAAGUGCUAACCUUCAAAGUGUUAACAAAGUAA